AUGAUCAGCACAUACCAGCUGUAAUUUGCAGCCGAUCCCUACAAAUGACAGACCAGCACCCACAGCAAAAGUCCGAACUUCCCCUGAUGGACUAAGCCCUGCGUUUCCAGAGCGAUCUCCCAACUCCAGCUGCAUUCAGAUAAUGAUGGAAAUGAAUAAUGAGCAUGCAAAUGAGACACUGCCUUUCAGUUUGAGAAGAUUUCAUAUUUCUGAAGAUUAUGGCUUUCUUCUUCCAAAUCCACUGAAAGAACUCCCUCCUUUCUAUAGCCCUUGGAUGGCGAUCGCCCACAACCUUCCUCAUCUGAUUGAGAAUCAUCAGCUUCGUUCAUAUGUAGAAAAGAUGCCUCUGCUAAGCACCCAGCACCUUCAAGGCCACCGAGAACUGUAUUUGGCUCAUUUGAUCCUCAGCUUUAUCACAAUGGGUUACGUCUGGCAGGAAGGUGAAAAAGGGACUGCCAAGGUCCUGCCGAGAAACCUCGCCAUUCCCUUUGGAAAGAUUUCACAGGCUCUAGGGCUACCUCCGAUCCUGGUUCAUACAGAUUUUGUUUUAGUAAACUGGAAGAAAAAGAAUCCAUAUGGGCCCUUGCAAAUUGAAAACUUGGAUCCCAUUGUUUCCUUGCCUGGAGGAGACAGCAUGAGGGGCUUCAUUCUUGUCACUUUCCUGGUUGAGAAAGCUGCCGCACCUGGGAUCAAGGCCAUGACCCAGGCUGUGAACGGCAUCCUGCAGCUGAACAACCAGGUGCUGGAAGAAGCACUGCAGAAGCUGGCAAACACUCUCAAAGCCAUGACUGGGGUUUUGAAGAAAAUGCAUGAUUAUGUGGUUCCUGCAAUAUUUUAUUGUGUGAUACGAAUAUUUCUUUCUGGAUGGAAGGACAAUCCAGCUCUGCCAAAAGGCCUGAUCUAUGAAGGUGUCUGUGAAGAGCCUGUGGCAUAUUCAGGAGGGAGUGCAGCGCAAAGUACCACAUUGCAUGCCUUUGAUGAACUCCUUGGAAUCCAGCACAGUAGAGAAACCACUGCAUUUUUGCACAGCAUGAGGGAAUAUAUGCCCCCCCACCAUCGGGCCUUCAUCAAAGAAAUCCAGUCUGCUCCUUCGCUGAGACGUCACGUGUUAACUUCAGAAAACAAGGAACUCUGUUCUGUGUACAAUGCAUGUGUGGCUGCCCUUGUGGACUUAAGAACCUACCACAUCGCCAUGGUUACCAAAUACAUCACUGUUGCAGCCACGAAUGCCAAAGCCAAACAAGGCCAAGCAACAGCUGCUCUCCCUAUGAGCCCCCCUUCAUUCCUGGAAGGGAAAGGAACAGGUGGUUCAGGGGCGUUAAGUUUCUUAAAAAGUGUUAGGGACACGACAAGGGAAGCAUUGAUCACUUUUUAAAAGCCUUCUCUGCCCCUUUUUCAGAUAGGGUGUAAGAGGGUGGGCCACAACACCAACCUUAGGAUAUUUAUAUGGUAAUGUGGGCAGGGUUGUCAGACCAAAUCCCAUCCCCAACUGGCCUGAAAGGCAACAUGAUGAUGUCACCAAGAAGUGACGUUAUCAUGUUGCUGACAUUGCACUGUGAUGCUCUAGUUUUUGGGUGAAACUCUUUGGUAAAAUUGGCUACAAACCAUAGAGUUUUGCCUAAAAAAAAGAUCCCACCAGGUAGGACCUGGCAACCCUUAAUGCAGCCCAUGUUUGCUAGCAGUAGUGAUGGUGGUGGAGAGUGGUUUAUAAAUGGCAUUAUUGCUAAGGUGGGGAGGGAGGAUAUGAUAGAUAUUUAUAACAUUAUACAUGGCCUAGAGAAAGUGGGUGGAAAGAACUCUUCCCCCCACCCCCGUCAAUAACACCAAGUCUCAGAAGCACCUGAUAAAAUUGAUGGACGCUGGAUUCACGAGAGACAAAAGGAAAUACUUUUGCAAAAAAUGUGUCGUGAAAUCCCCUGUCACAAGAUUUAGCAAUGGUCACCAGUUAUGAUAAAUUUAAAUGUCAGAUUAAUCAGAUUCAUGGAGUAUAGUUCCAUCAGUGGCUUUUAGCUAUGAGGGUGAUUAAAUGGAAUUUUUAUGUUCAGAGAAAGCAUAUUUCUGAAUACCAGUUGUCAGGGAGCUUCUCUUACUAGAAAGCAUUAAUCUGGUGUCUGGAUUGCUUGGCUGUGGCACCAACGCUCCCUCUAAAAUAGGGGUGUUAAACUCAUUUGGUAUGAGGGCCGGAUCUGACAUAAAUGAGACUUUGAGGGGCCGGGCCAUGUCGGGUUGGGCCAAGCAAUGUCAGGCCAGGCCAUGUGUGUACCUAUUUAAGACUAGGUAGCAGAGACAUAAAUUUUAUAAAGAACAUAAACACAAAUACAUAUUUUUUAAAAAUUUAAAACAUGCUUCAAACGUUAGCACUCAUUGGUCUUAAAGGUGUCUUCUUUGUAUUUCUCCCAUGGGAUCCAGGGAACUGGGCAAAGGAAGCUCUGGCUCUUUCCUUCCUUCCCCAGGAAUGGGGGGGGGAGGGGGGGAGCCUCGGUCAAGAGAAGGAAGAGAGGUUUGGCUUAGUAGCUCUGCUAUGUGAUUGAGAGAGCCUGGCAAAGCAUGCUAUUCCUCCCCCCUUCUUCCCCAAUAGAGGUGUCUCAGCCAAAUAGAGAAAAUAAAGGCUUUGCUCUGUAGCUCCUGUACAAUUGAGCAAGCCUGGCAAAGCAAGCUGUAAUGCAGAAGGAAGCAAGAGAGAGGGAGCAGGAAGCAGAUGACAGCCAGUUGCUCAGGGGCCUGAUAGGAGCCCUGCAGAGGCCUGAUUCGGCCCCUGAACUGUAUGUUUGACACCCCUGCUCGAAAAUGUGGAAUCUUGCAAGCAAAAAUUCUACUUUGUGAGCUAUUGGUAUUAAAGUUGUGAGCAAGUGACUUGGCUAAUGCAUAAAUUAGUUUGCUCUCAGGCCAUCCUUCCUGAGCUGAGACAAAAAUGUGUGAGCUGGAGUCUAAAAAAACUGUGAGCUAGCUCACACUAACUCAGCUUAGAGGGAACACUGAUUGGCACCUAUGGGAAGCAGGAAGCUGGACUGGAUGGACUUUUGGUCUGAUUCAGCUGCUCUUAUUAUGCUCUCAUGGCUGACUGGCCAAUGCUAGUAAAGAACAUAAGAACUGUUUUUACUGUGUCUAUGAAAGUAUUCCCAUGAACGCUAGAAAAGAACCAUUCUUAUAACAUGUCAUGUGACAAAGCAUCAGAGGAGAUGCAGUCAGAGGAAGGGAGCCGAGAAUGCUCCAUUUCAAGAUGGACUUCCCCACUUUUUUUGAUCCUGCCGGCACCUUUGGGAUUUUGACAGGAUGUGGGUGCAACCACAAAAGGCAAGCUGCAAGAAGCACACACACACACACACAGGGGAAAUCUAAGCACAUGGAAGAAGAGGGAUAUUUUUUUAAAAAAAAUACAUGGAGAAAGAGGAGAGAAAGAGAAUAAAACCAACACUGUGCUGGCAGUGCUGCUGCAACAAUAACAUUUUAAUUUGUCCAGCCAAUCAGAUCUCCAGUGGUCUAGCAGACCCCAGCUCACUUUCUAAAAGCAUUCAGUAGGCACUAGGAAAAGUGGCAGCAUGACACCCACAGACUCCACUUUUGGGGUCCCCUGUAACAGCAGUUGAUGAUGCAUGCCAUACGAUGCCAUCUUCUGGUAGAGACUUAUCGCAGCCAUUCCACUGCCCCUUUGCUCAAUGGUCAUGUGGGUUUCUGCUAUAAGUGAGUGGUCUAAUGCCAUCUUGAGGAGGAAUGUAGGCCCCUGAUUUCAUCAUAUGAUAUCGUGAAAUCUGAUUUCUUUUCCUUUUUGAGUGUUGUAUGGCAAUGGUUCUUCAAACAUCAGGGCAUGUCUCAGUUUCUCAGUGAGGGGUGCUCUGCUGCCUGCAGCCAAGGAUGUUGGUAGCUGGUAUAUUCUACACUAAAAAAAGUUUAAAUUCUGUGCCAUGGUAUUCUGUGCUAAAAACAGUUUUGAAUCUGUGAUCUGCAUAUAUUAUGCAAAUAAAGAAACAUGCAAGUUC